UUCAAUGUAAGAUAGUAGAGGAGUUCCAAAAAAUCGAUUAUUACAUGCAUCGCGAUUCGACACGUGACGAUUCGAUUACGAUUCAUAAAGGUUAAAAAACGAUUAUUUUCACUCCUAACAACGCUCGUAGCGAAACGAAAUUCAAGACACGUCUGCGGCCCGGACACCGUUAACGGACGCACACACAACGUUAUGAUGGAUGCUCCCAGUUACUGGAAGAUAGAUUUACUCCUUUUUAAAAGACUGGAAAAUAAAUUUGUGUAUAUGGCAGGCAGGACCAGAAGCCGGUCGCGCUUUUGUGCGCAUUUUUAGAGCGAGAGGGGAAGAGAGAUAGUUCUUUGCUCGUUGCUCCUUGCCUUUCAGAUGACCAGCUGUAGUUUUAAGGCAUUUCAAUUAAAAAAAAAUAUCCUGAGUGUGUUGCUAAGACCCGUGUGCAUCUAUAAGAGUUCUGCGUUCGACGUGAAGACGGGCCUGAAGGUAGCAGUGAAGAAGUUGUCCAGACCUUUCCAAUCCAUCAUCCAUGCAAAAAGAACCUACAGAGAGCUGCGACUGCUUAAACACAUGAAGCAUGAAAAUGUGAUCGGUCUGUUAGAUGUUUUCACCCCUGCGACAAGCUUAGAAGAGUUCAGUGACGUCUAUUUGGUGACCCAUUUAAUGGGGGCAGACCUCAACAACAUUGUCAAGUGUCAGAAGCUGACGGAUGACCACGUCCAGUUCCUGAUCUACCAAAUUCUCCGAGGACUAAAGUACAUCCAUUCGGCAGAUAUCAUCCACAGAGACUUGAAGCCCAGUAAUCUGGCUGUAAAUGAAGACUGUGAGUUGAAGAUCCUGGAUUUUGGUUUGGCCCGGCACACGGAUGAUGAAAUGACGGGCUAUGUUGCCACUCGGUGGUAUAGAGCCCCCGAGAUCAUGCUCAACUGGAUGCACUACAACAUGACAGUGGACAUCUGGUCAGUGGGCUGCAUCAUGGCCGAACUUCUCACCGGACGAACGUUGUUCCCCGGCACGGAUCAUAUAAACCAGUUGCAGCAGAUUAUGCGCCUGACGGGAACCCCGCCAGCCUCCCUCAUAAGCAGGAUGCCCAGUCACGAGGCCAGAAACUAUAUUAAAUCACUCCCCCACAUGCCCAAGAGAAACUUCGCUGAUGUAUUUAUUGGUGCCAACCCUCUUGCUGUGGACCUGCUGGAGAAAAUGCUGGUGCUAGACACGGACAUACGAAUCACGGCGUCCGAAGCGCUGGCCCACCCCUACUUUGCUCAGUACCACGAUCCAGACGACGAGCCCGAAGCCGAGCCUUAUGAUCAGAGCUUCGAAAGCCGCGAGCUGGAAAUUGAGGAGUGGAAGAGAUUAACCUACGAAGAAGUGCUCAGCUUUGAGCCGCCAUCUUUCGACAGGGACGAAAUGGAAUCGUAAGGAGAUGGAGGCAUUAACACCAACACGCUUGGACAUAAAUAUGAAAAUCUGUGCGUGUCACUCGGCCAGACUCCACACCAUCAUAAUGUUCAAGUGCCUGCCAUCUUUCAAAUCUCCGGGUGUAAUUUUCAGGGACUAAACUUGACUGUGUUGUUUUGCUCCCAUCCUUCAUUUUUCUGGUAUUGUUUGUUGUUAUUUUCCAUCGAAACUCAUACUUUAGCAAGAUUAUUUGAUUUAUUAUAUAUCGAGCAAACUUUUAUUUUGUUGAUUAUUUCAAUACGCAAUCAAACGGGCAGAAUUUUCAAGAGCUAUUUAUAAAACGUAUCCUCUUUCACUUUCAUAUUUUUGUACAUAGAAUUGUUUUAGAAUGACAACAAAAGCAGUGUUUAUACACACACACGUACUUCAGACAUGCCAGUAAACCGUAUUGGAUCCACAGUAUGAAUGCUGGCAUGUCAUAUUUAAUAAAUACAGUAUGUGUGACACUACAGUAUAUGAAACAGUUGAUACAACCGUUGGUUUUUAUACCUUUUUCAGCUCGGUCCCACUAUAUCCAGUUAGCACUUUAGCACCCAUGCAUUGUUUGGACAUAUUUUCGCAUCCUACAGGACCACUAUACGGAGCCCCCUGGGUGCCAGGGUAGAAAAAAAAGAAAAAAAAUUCCAUCGCUGAACUGGAUAAUUUGGUAAUCUGUACUGUUUUCCGAAAUUUCCAGGUUCGCGGUGAUUCUGUAACAGGCACACUUUUGCAAAAUAGACAAUGUU